AUGAAUCUGAAGGAAAAGAAUGAAAUCACAAAAAAGGACAAAGAAACAAGCGACAUUUUAGAAAUCAAAUUAUUCCAACUUUUUCAGGGUGUUUUUCAUUUUGUGCUGUUGUUAGAUACUUCAGAUGACAACAACAAGAAAAUAUUUGUGAGUUUUCACGUCUUGACGUCCCUUGGGGAACGAAAGGCGAGUGAAAAAGUCUCCGCAAACAUUUUGCAUAAAAAAAAUAUAAAUAAAACUCCAUUAAUGGCAUUAAGCGAGGGACACUUAGAGUGGAUGAAGCUUUACAGCAACUCAAGUUGUCAUUUCUGUCCUGAAAGUCAAUCUGGGGAUUUUGUAACAACUUCAACCCUUUCAACAAUCACAGUCAGAUAUUAUGUUAGACUGGCAAUAGCAAAUAACGAUGAAUUUAUUAAUGUCAAGCGAGAAGCUUUUGGGGGUGAGAUGAGAGUUAAAGCAACUCAACUUGUUCACGAUGUAUGUAAGUAUGAAGCACAGCACAACAACAAUAUUUUUUAUUAA